AUGUGGAAUCCGCCGAUCUCGCGGCUUCUAAACAAUCCCGAAAUUGGCGAGCUCACCGUUCGUGAGAUUGACGUAUCUGGAAUACACAUUCCUCGACUGGACAUUGAUGGACGCGUUAUUCCUCACGAUCCAGAGAUUGACGGCCCUCAGCACCAAGGUCCUCUGAUCGACAAUACUGGUUCAGAGCUUCCUGGACAUCCCGAGCGUCAUGUCGAGGCUUCUCGGAGGAAUAAUGCCCCAGUUCAGAUUAAUGGGCAACGUUUCGCUAUACGCCUGGAGCCAGAGACCGAUGGCGCUCAAAACCGCAACGAUGCUGCACCCGACAACCGAGCCGGCCCUGCGCAGGCCGAGCCAGGAGGGCUCGCCAGAAAAUGGCUUCGAUUUCGCCAUUUCGUCAUCAAUGAGCUCCCGACGUGGCCGCUCGACGGGCAAUUCCCCGUGUACGCUACCAUCACCUUUAUCUACAUCUUGCUGUGCGAGCUUAUCAUGUUCAUGGUCGUUAUCCUCUCCGUGGGUGCGCUCAACAUCAUGCUCCAGAUGGAAUCCGGCCCCCGAGCCGUCUCACAGCAGAUCCUCAAGGACAUACCCUUUGCGUACUUGAGACAUAUGACAAUCCUAUUCUCCUGCUCAGUCGUGGUGGACGGGUUCACUGUGUUCCACCUGGGACCGCCAGAAGAGCACGGACUGCGCCUGUUUCCCAUGCUCUACCUGCACCGGCAGUCAGCCCGGCUUUGCGUGCCAGUUGCCAACAGACUUCUGGACCUGUACACAGUCAUCUCAGUAGUCAACUGCGCACUUCUCGGAUACAGAUUACUUUCUGCCAAUUAA